AUGGCCGAUCUCUUCCCCGCAGGCAAUCAACUUUCUGCAGCCUUACUUGACUUGACUUUUCUGAUUCGGAAUACACUCACCUUCUUCCCAGACGAGCCCAUUCCCGUCUCUGGGGCAUCCGGCACGAAACCCUGCCCGCGCUCCGACACCGGGCGCAAUCGCGAGUCUAUCGAGCGAUCGUCCAGCGACAAGCGCGGCUCGCUGCACGCGAUAGCAGACUUGGCGGGCGCCUUGACACAACGAUACACCCGAUGUCGCAAUCUGGACUUUCAUCAUGGGGCCCAGGGGGGUGGAGAUGGUACUGCUGCGCCUGGUAGCCGCCGAAAGAAGGUUUACGAAUAUUUCAAAGCGGCAAAUGAGCUACGCCAGACCUAUACCUCGCAAUGGUCGGGGCAGAGGAAUGAUCACGAUGAGGACUACUACAAUACCCCUGGCGCAUUCCCGGAUGUGGAAAUUGCACGGUCAGGCGAUGAGGAGAUGGUGGUCUUUCCCAGUUAUGCUAGGAAAUUGACAGGGAAGAAGAACACCGGGACUAGCCCACGUCCGCGACGUGACUCGUGGUCAGAAACUAUCGAUGAAUACCGGGGUGAAACCCGUGAGGAUGAUGAUAUCUCCUCGCCUACUUGGGAUGCGACGGAGAGUGAAGAUGCAGUCGUGGCCGUUGACGUGCGUGGCUGGAUUUACUCUCCUGGGCGGGGACCGAUGAGUCGAAAGCACCGGUUGAUGAUCGCCCUGGCCAGGAAGCUGAGCGGCGUCCCUGCGCCAUCUGGAAAUGGAAAUGAUGAAAGUAACGACAAGAUCUCCGGGAAGGGAGAUGAUGAAUACAUCGACAAGGAGAUUCAAACAUUAGUCGCCAAGGCUGAGAAGGAAGCAGAUCCGGCUUGGAAAGGCUCGAAUGCGGAGCAAACACAACAACCCGCUGCGCAAUUGAGUAAAGAUGAACUAUCUAUGGCGAAUGCCCAUCUGAUGGAAAGACUUCGUCCAUUCUUGACGAAUCCCGUUGGGAGCAUGCCUGUGACAGUGUUCUUCUUCAACGACAAUGAAAGCAAGUCUCGAAACAUCAUGACGGAUGACUCAGGCCAUUUUACUCUUCGCGCUACACUGCCCUUUGUGCCAACUCAUAUUCGCGUACUGGCAUCUGAGGACCUGUCUGUCGCAAGGCCGAUUGAGGUCAUUGACCCGGUUGGAAUCAGUUUGAUCAGUGAUAUCGAUGAUACAGUCAAGCACUCAGCCAUUGCUAGUGGAGCGAAAGAGAUGUUCCGCAACACCUUCAUCCGUGAAUUGGACGAACUUACAGUCGAAGGAGUCAGCGACUGGUACUGCAAACUGGCCAGUGAAGGUGUGCAGAUUCACUAUGUGUCGAAUGCUCCCUGGCAAUUGUAUCCCCUCCUUGAGCGGUACUUCAAGAUGGUGGGAUUGCCUCCAGGCUCUUUCCAUCUCAAGCAGUACUCGGGCAUGCUUCAAGGAAUCUUUGAACCCACCGCAGAAAGGAAACGGGGGUCAUUAGAACAAAUCCUGCGGGACUUCCCAGAACGAAAAUUCAUUCUCGUCGGCGACAGUGGUGAAGCUGAUCUGGAGGUUUACACUGAGAUUGUCUUGGCAAACCCUGGCCAGAUUCUGGGCAUCUUCAUUCGUGAUGUUACAACCUCAGAAACCCAGAAGUUCUUCGACAAGUCCGUCGGCCAUCUUGACCAGUCUAAACGCAGUUACAGUUCACCAAAUGUGGUGGACCACUCGGAUGCCGCCACCAACAGACCGACGCUGCCGCCUCGAAGUGCCACCUCCAGCAGGGCUUACCCACCCCACCACCCACGGCCACGUCCAGCGAAACCAAACAAGCCAUCUGCAUUGCGCAUGGUUUCUACGCCAGCUGACUUGGCGAAGAGUUCCAAACCAUCCUCUCUUCGCAACGUUGCUACACCUUCCGAUGUGCCAGAGAAAGACUCGAAGCCGACACCAGAGCCAGAUGCCCCCAAGCGCAAACCAGUGCCGCCUGUGCCACCCAGACGUGGAGUGCCCAAGACAGAUUCAUUGAUUGAUGUGGACCCCUCGCCUCCAACCUCUCAGAGCAGCGCUGCGAUAUCAUCGAAUGAAGCCCCUUCUUCGUGGCUCAAAGGCCUCGAUAAUGGUUCUGCAGGCGCACAGAGUCAAUCGCAAGCUGCACGCGCCAAGCCAGCACCGCCUCGUCCCCCUCCACGUCGCACAAACACCGGAUCUUCAACAACCAGUCUAGAUCCCAGUGCAUCAACUGCAUCAACUACGCCGGCUCGGACUCCGGCUCCUGCGAGUGGCAUUCAAUCAUACCCAGCGGCAGCCGCCCAGGCUGCAUACCAAGGGUUCCAAUAUGCAAGCGACCGGCUCAACUUCUCGGGACCUCCCUCUCUACGAAAAACUCCAUCAAACCAAUCACUUGGAAGGACAGGGUCCAACGAGUCGGGUGUGCCGCCUGUGCCCCUUCCGAAUAAGCGUGAGGAGCUUUGGCGACGCCGUUGGGAUCGUGCAAGUGAAGUGCUUGAACAGCACGGCGUUGUGCUGGGCAGUUGGCGGGUUGGAAGCGAUGCGCAGCCUGUUUGUGCGUGGCUGAUGGAGCAGGCAGUGAAAGAUAUCAAGGCUGCUCGUUCGAAGGGGGAUCAUUGA